GCUCCCAAUUCCCUCACCGCGCGGGCCUUCCGGGGCUCAGCCGACGCCUCCUACUCCUCCAGGCCGAGGUGCUCGAGCUCCCUUCCCCCGAGCAGGGGGCGAAAGGGAAGGUGGAGGAGGUGGGCAGACAGCAGCCUGAAAUCUGGAUUGGGAAGCAAGUUAAGACUGAAAAACAAGCACUGCAUUGAUGACUUAGGGAGACUUUGAAGGACACACUUGUUUUGCUAAGCUACAUUUUCGCAAGCUAUUCAAGGCACAAUGAAGCACCCAUUAUGUUUUUGAAACAUUAACGGUUUUGUCUUUUGCUAUCGGCCAUGUUUUUUGGUUGAUGUUCAUGAAUUUUAUUGCUGUGAUAACAGAAAAAUGCAAGACCAGAAUUUAGUGGAAAUACAUAGUGGUGCGGAAGUUUUAAGCCAGUCAAUUUUGAAACCACUGUCAACAGAGACGGGUGCCACCUCUCUCGGUGAAAACAGCAGCGGAACUGAUGUACAUUGUCUAAACCAAAAUGGACAUUUUGAUGAAAGCUCAGAACUGGAAAUGAUUCAGAAAAACCUUCCUGUCGAGUGUGGUGACAAAAGGAUUUAUGAAGCAUCGCUGGAGAGUCCUGACACCAGCUUGGUGGAAUCCAGCAGUACUUGGGGUGACUUUGAAGGUUUCAGUGAGGUCAAGCAGGAGAAUUUAAGCAACACCUUGGAGUCUUUGGAGAAGCCAAAUGGAAAACAAACUUACACAAAUGAUGCAGAUGUCAGUGAUAGCUGCGUCACUACCUCAUGCGGACAGUUCUUUUCCAAAACAACUGGACACAACAGAAAAGAAACAUUUGCUAACACUUCAGUGAAGGCAGUCCUCAGCUCUGAAGAUAUUAUUAAACUGAGUUUUCCAGAAGUUCCUGUACUACAGUUCUUGGAGAAAAUUAGCAGCUUGGAUCAAGUACUUUAUACAAAAACAGAAGACACAGACAUUCCUGAAUGUACAACGAAACAACUUUGCACUGACUCUGGGAAUUUAUGGAAAACUCUUACUCAAUCCACUAACCCUUCCAGUUUAAGACGUCCUUGGAAUGAAUCUCAUUACCAAGAAAACCUGCUAGCUGUGCUUGGAAUAGAUGCUCAUCAAAAGGCUGUUCCAGAAGGCAAGAAUGAUAUUUUGGAGACUAGCAUUAGUGAAAACGAAGAUUCCAAUGUUGACAAGUUCAACAUUAGCACUUGUAAAGCACUAAUUCAAACCAAGCUUUCUGUAUCUCCUGCUCCAAAACAGAGCCAUCUCUUUUCCUAUAACCUUUUCUUGAAGAAGACCCCAUCUGGUGGAAAUAUGCAAUAUAUCACAGUUCCACAGAAGAAGAGGAUUUUUACUACACGAAGCCUAAAGAUGAAAAUGUUCAGCAGCAAUGUUUGCUAAUAGCCAACAUACUUCUGUUGUUUUGAUCUUUUUUUUUUU